AUGGGCCGGCUACGAGGCAAAGGCUCCACACGUGCUUGGCUUGGUCAGCGCUCCACGGUGCUCUUGGCACCCAGUGGCCUGGAUGAGGACGUCGGGACAAAGGAUCGUUCUCCUCCACAAAGCCAAUUGCAAGUCGAGUGGGCCCAUGGCUACAAUGGGCAGGUGGUGAACGCGGUCCACUGGAUCUCUGAUGAGGAGUUUGUCUUUUGUGUAGCCGCUUUGGGCGUGGUCCAACGCUUGAAGCCUGCUAAGCAGCGGAUCUUCGUCGGCCACAGCCAGCGGAUCACCUGCUUGAGCUAUUGCCCUGCCUCGCGCCUGUGCGCCUCUGGUCAGAUGGAUCCGAAGGGCGGCGCAGGCCCCUUCAUUUGUCUUUGGCGCCCAGCAGAUUGCAUCUUGCUGUCCGUCCUGGUCUUCCGCAUGCACGAGGAGCAGAUUUGCUCACUAUGCUUUAGCCCGGAUGGUAGCAAGCUCUUCAGCAUCGGUCGUGACUCUGCCAGCACCUUGGCCAUGUGGGAGAACUUUUUGCCAAAGAUGGGCAAUAGCGUGAGCGCUACGAUGGAGCUCCCUAAGGUCUACCGCACACCGAUGGCCAAGGUGGCCACCGGCAAAGUGCCGGCUUUCGGCAUGGCCAGUUGCAACGCGGUUCCCGAAGUGAAGAUCGCGAUCUUUGACGCAGGCCAUGGCACCAUCGGAAUUGUCUUGAAGUUCUUCACCGUGGGGGACAACGCUGAACUCUAUGGCCGUGCGGCCAUUUUUCCGGAUGCCGCCCCACGGCACGUGCUGAACUGCGCGUGGCUUGGGGAGCGAUGCAUAGCCUGCGGCGACCAUGGGGAGCUCUACCUCUUCGAGGGCAACAGCUGCGUGUGCAGCCGACGGCUGACGGGGAAAGCACUGGGCUUUGCGGUGCCAUUGAGAGAUGGCCUUUUGGCGGGCGGCAAAGACUCAGUCCUUCACUUUGUCAACGUGUGCGGAAAACACAUGGAAGUGGCCUCCUCGGUGCCUUUUGCGCAGAUGAAGGGCGCCGCAGUCUUCAACGGGCCCCUACCGCUGGCCACCGCGGCGGCCAGCAAUGCCGGGGUGUUGGUGGGUUCUGAUGAUCAUCACCUCAUAAUGCUGGAUGCAGAUGGACGCAGGGUGAAGCAGCUGCUGCAGGUCUCACACCAAGGUGAGCUCCAUGCUUUGGCGCUGCACCCGGACCUUCAGCUGAAGUUGUUGGCCUCGGGCGCCACUGAUGCCAUGGUGCGCUUCUGGGAUCUUCGGGACAAUCACCCCGUGGUGGGCCGAGUCCUAAACCUUCAGGAGGGCGAUGGAGCAAAGAGCUCGGGCAUCUACUCAAUGGCCUUCAAUCCUUCGGGCUCGCUCUUGGCGUGUGGCUUCGGCAAUGGUCGCCUGCACUGGCUGCGCUUCCCGCAGCUGCAGCCGCUUGCCGCGCCCGUCCGUUGCGGGCGCGAGCGCCUGGCGGCGCUCGCCUUCGUGGGGGAUGAGAUGCUAGCUGCGGGCAGCUGGGAUCAGAUGGUCUACCUCUUCAGCACUGACCAGCCCGCUUCGCCCUUGCGGGUUUUGAAAGGCAAUACGAGUUCCGUGACUCACAUGCAGAUCACCCUGGACCACCAGUUUCUGAUGACCAACUCCAAGGAUGGACAGGUCCUCUAUUUCAAUCUGGGCACCGGUGAGCGGGUAACGCAGGAAACCGCCAAGGACCUGCCAUGGGAGGUUUGGACGUGCCCAUGCGCUUGGCAUACGAUGGGCAUGUGGGCAGCCCAUCGCCACUUCAGCAUCCACAACAUCAAAUCCUGCCGAGCCUUGGGAUUUGCAACCACAGGGGAGCAACUGCUUGUGGCGGGCGACACCUCACACCGUGUGAAGUUGUAUCACUUCCCUUCAGGCUGCGAUCAAGGAUUUCACACGUAUGACGGCCACGCUGGCUUUGUCGCGGCCAUGCUCACCGUCCCUCUGCCGCCUUCGCCUGGCGACGGGGCGACGGCGGCCGCGCCGUGGUCCGCGACGCACGUGAUCACCGCGGGGGGCGACGACCGGGCCAUUGUGCAGUGGCGCUUGGUGUCCAGUGCUUCUGCGCGGCGCGCGGUGGCUUGGCACGAGGCCUCUCAGGCUGCGGUGGAAGUCCUGCGUCCCAGCGAUCCGCGGGAGCCACGGCCGCGCGAGAGGACCCUGUGGGAGCGGGACGAGGAGCACAAGGAUCGGACGGGCCGAAAGACGUCCGUUCCAGGCCCGUGGGUCCAGCACGGGGGCAGUGGCGCUUCCGGUCUGCCCUACGCGGAGCAUCUUGUGGAGACGGUGCCACGCCGUGAGCGGCUGCGAGGCUCCUGUGAGGUCCCCGAUGGCGAAGGCUACUUUGCUGGCCGCAGCACCACGGCCAUGGCGGCCGGCUCUGGCCCGCGGCGCGGGUCGCCGCGGCGCGCAGCGCGGGUCGCCGAGGGUGCCGCUGGCAUGACGUCGCAGGCGAAGAAUGAACGCAAGUCCUUCCGCCAGGGUGGGCUCUUCAAGGGCCGCGACUGGUUGGACUCGGGCGCCAUCAUCGCCAGCGUGGCGAGUCACGUGAAGGAGAAGUACCUGAACCGAUGCUGGCUGCAAUCAGACAGGGCAUCGGUCAGCGGGCAUCGGGCAGCGACGGGCGCCCCACCGAAGGAUCGGCAACCCGGACACUGGCAGUCAGUUUGCGCCGGCCGUUUGCCAGGGCACGUACGGCGCCCAGGCUUACCGAAAGGUGCCUGGGAAUCAAUGCAAGGGUGGCUGGCAGCCACACCUCAUCGAGGUGCCAUGCCCUGCCACGUCGACAUGGAGGACUGUCCUGAAGUUGGGACUCCGAUUUUUUUUGGGGGGAAGAGGCUGAGCGGCUGGUGGUGCAGUGGUGAAGACGAGUUGGCCCUACUGGUGCUCUUCAUUGGCGGUGCGUGCCAUGUUGGCCGCAACUUCAGCGGCACAGGCAAGAGGAGUUUUGAGUUCAAGGCUGAGAGCUCAAGGCUUUCCUUCUCGUCGAUGAGCUCUCUACUGCUAAUGGCUGCAGCGGCCCUUUGUGGGUGCUUGGGCCGGCUGAUGUCCGGUCGAACGCACGACUACGAAAAACUGAAGGCUGGAGAUUGCGCACCGGGACACUACGAGAUCUCACGUGAUGUUGCAAAGAGCCGCUUGAAAGCGAUGCCGGAGAUGAGGCGCUUGCGGUUCUGUGAGUCCCAGCUUCAGCUUUCCAGGAUUAUGUGUGUGGAGUGCCGCCUGGAGCAGAGUGCGGGUGACAAGUCCAUACGGCGAGGCGCUGGGUGUGAAACCGAGCCCUUUGUGGAGAUCGACCCUUGGGCUGACGAGAGCGAUGUGGACACCAAUCAAGCGCUGAAGAGAGCCAUUGACAACGUGGUGAAGGUCAACAACAGCAGGACCCCGCCGUUGCCGGUGGUAGAUAUCCGCAACCGCUGGCACCAGGUGACCUUCGACGGCUGUGUGGCGCUGGCCUGCACCGUGCCGGUGUUCUCCAUCUUUGCGGGACGUUACAUCAUCAAGCAUUACCUCCUGGAGCGUUGGAGCCUCAUCUUCCCAGACCACCACGAUUUUUCCCGGCGCCUGCGCACCUGGCUCACUUCAGAGGCCUUGAUAUGGCUAUUGCUGGUGGAUGUCGUCCUGGCGGAUAUGUUCUCAUGCGAUGGAAUUUCGUUGGGAGGAACCAACUGCACGGCUGACACGGACUUCCUGUCGCUACCUGUAAAUAUCCUAAGCAACAGUCUGAGCCUCAGUGCCCUUUUGUUGCUGCGGAUUUUGGAGGUGCAAAUAUUGGAUGUCGCGGCACACGUUCACUACCACAAGGUGAAGGCAAGGAAACAACUGGAGGCCGCGAAAGCUGAUGCCGAGGGCAGGACGAGAAACACGGCCAUCUAUUUCCUCGAGAAGUUGGACGAGAGCUUCCCUGGCUCCUACCAUCGAAGGCGGCCGGCAGCCAACCUGUUUGAGUUGAGCCAGAACUUGGACUGGAACGACAUACCGAGCUUUCUGUGGAGGAUGGCCUGCUUCUCGACAGCGGUACUGUUCUGCUUGCUCACCUGGCUGCAGCUGAAUGUGGCGCAAGGGAAACCCAGCGGCGCCGGCUUGCCGGAGCUGAGGAUCAAGACCAGUGCUGAUUGCAUUGCACUCAUGACGAGUCUCAUUAAAUCGUAUGGGGCGGCAGUCUCUUGGUUCCACCUCCUGGUGAAUAUCAUUUGCAUCUCCCAGGGCAUGGGCGAGAAUGCGAAGCAGCUCCUGAUCUUCAGUACGCUCACCUCCUACAGCAGCAUCGAGAGCUGGAGCCAAAAGGACCGGGAAAGCCUUCGCACCAUCUUGGCCAACAGCCUGAGCAACAACAAUCGACAGUCGGGGGCGGAGAUCACCGAACAUCAGCUGCAGCACGCCUUGGACCGGAUCCUCGGCACCGAGCGCUUGGAUUUGACCAAUUUGGAUGAUGUGAAAGCGUGGUGGGACCUCCGGAGGUACAUCCAGGUGGACUUCCUCGAUGAAUCUGCAGCAAUGGACUACUGUGGAGUUUUGACCUUGCAGCUGACCAUUUGCUUCAUGGUCACGGGUGCGUUCGACUGGCUUGCAAAUGGAGAUGUUUUCUCACCUGGGAUUAUCUUGGUGGUGCUGCUGGUGGCAUGCUUGGGAGUCAUCAUGUUCACUGUGAUGCAGGCAUGUAUCACGAUCAACAGCCUCUUGGAGCGGGACUCCCAGGUCUUAGUCGAUGCCGCUGCCGACGUGGUGCUUUCCCGUCAGUGGAACGCUGCAGAAGUUGCAAGCCUUCUUCACAGCAUUGAGCGACGAGUGGCCAUGCUGGAUGACAAACAACAGAUUCUGGGGAUCACCAUCACGGAGACCUCUCGCAAUGCCUGGGUGGUGUCCCUGCUCUUCGCCUUCCUCGGGUCCUUGCUGAAGGUCUUGCAGGACAUGCGCGGCGAGGUGGCCGGGGCGAUCCGAACGAUGGAUGCGUUCAUGUGGAACUUCAGCCUGAGCUGGGCAAAUGAAUCGAUGGAUGAGGGUCAUGCAAGCUGA